AUGACUAAAAAACGUCGAGUCACAUAUAGCCUAGAGGAUUUUCGUAAUGCAAUUUCAGCUUAUCGUAGUAAAAGUAUGACGUCUGUUGAUGCUUCGAAAAAAUUUGAUGUCCCAGAAAGUACGAUUCGGAAACACAAAAAUAAUGCAAAGAAUUAUGUUGGGUCAGGUCAUCCAAGUCUCUUAUCUAUUAACCAAGAACAGUACUUAGUGAUUUUAUUAAAAGAACUGGAGUCAAUUGGUAUUCGACUUACAAAGACAACUCUAUCGAAAAUUGCUGGGGAUUUUAUUAGAGCGGUCAAUAAACAAAAUAGUGACAAUAUUAGUGAUCCAAGUCGACAUUGGUUCUUCAAUUUUUUCAAACGGAAUGCUGAUAAAAUAAAAAUGAAGAAAGAAAUAAAAUUAGAAAAAGUUCGUCUUAACGGAUUCACUGAAGAAGUACGAGUCGGUUGGUUUAAUAAAUUGAAAAAUAUUUUUGAUAUCAACAAUCUACAUGUUCGACCAGCUCAAAUAUGGAACUGUGACGAAUCCGGCUUUUCUGACGAAACUCAAUGUGAAUAUGUUUGCGUACCAGCUGAAACAAAAUUUGCUUUUGAACAAAGUGGUGGCUCAGGAAAAGCAUUCACGACGAUACUUUUAUGUACUAGUGCAAGUGGUGAUGUUAUUCCACCUUUUUUUAUCUACGCUGCGAAGGCGGUCAAUUCACUUUGGUGUUCUGGUGGUGCUCCUGGUACAACAUAUAAGUGCUCUGAAUCUGGUUGGAUAUCAGAAGGUUUAUUUACAGAAUGGUUUAAGAGUUGCUUUCUUGAACGAACAAAGCAUAUAGAUCGACCAUUGAUGUUAGUUAUGGAUAGCCAUCCCACUCAUAUUAAUAUUGAUGUUAUCGAAUUGGCUAUAAAGAACAAAGUAAUCCUCCUAUGUUUACCACCACAUAGCACUCACGCGCUUCAACCUCUCGAUGUUGUAACAUUAAGCUCGGCAAAAAAAUUUUGGAAGAAAAUCGUGUCGAAGUAUUUCUCCCGAAGUAAUCGAAAAACAAUAAGAAAAAUCGAUUUUCCAUCUCUUUUGAAAAAUUUAAUGGAAGAAGCAUUUACCAAGAGACAAUGUGUAUCUGGUUUUGCCAGAUGUGGUUUAUGGCCUUUCGACGGUGAUGUAAUGAAAGAGAAGGUGGCAAAGAAAGAUCAUCCGUCGAAAUUUUCAUCGUCUACAUCAAUAAAUGCACUUGAAAAUGUUUCAAACAAUGUUGUGUCAGAAACAAGCGUCCAAACAUCAAUUGAUCCACCACGUAAUAUUAAUGCAUUACAAACAUCAAAGUCUAUCGAUGCAACCCUACAUAUGGACAAUGGAAAUAAUUUAUCUGUAUCGAACAUUGAAUUUUCACAAGAAUCAGAAAAAGUUACACAUCAAGCAGUAACAAAUACAGGCCCUCGAUCGAUGCCUGCUUCAGCAAAAACUAUGGCACUUUAUUCUUUAGAUGAUCCUGUUUCUAUUUUUAACUAUCCAUUAACAACUGCUUCUUCUACCAAAUGGGACGAGAAUACCUGUAGUGUUUGGACAGACACUGAUGGUGUAUGGUCUAGUCGUAUAACUGCUCGAAUCAUUAUGCCAGUGGAAGAUAACGAAGGAUAUGGUCUCAAUUCACCUGACAACAAGCGAACGCUUACGAAUCCAGAUUAUCCAACAAAUAAAUUUCUGAAAUAUAACAAUGGUUUCAAGUCGCUAAAUUCAUCUGAUGAAAUAUAUCAAUUACAUGGUGAACCAAAAAAGACUUUUCAUGAGCUGACAUCUGUUCCAAUUGAAAUACCACCAUUUAGUCCAACAUCUGCUGUCCGUUCAAUUGUCACUAGUUGCUUACAAGAAAUACAACCACCUCCACCAACACCCGUUGUUAACAAACGAGUACGAGCAGAGCGUCGUUAUGGUGAAGAGAUAACAAGUGGUAGUCUUCUUCAAGAAUUGAAAGAUAAAAAAGCAGUUAAAGUAGCUAAAGCCGCUAAGGUGAAGCGACCAAGAGGAGCACCGAAAAAGACCAAAACUUCUACUGAUGCAACUGAUUCUGAUUCUUUACCGCAACUUUUAUGA